GAACCUUAAAAUAAGGUUUCGGUUAAUUGAAAAGUGAAAAGUGAAAACUGAAAAAUAGUCAGGAAAACGAUGAAUUUGUAUAUUAGUUGAGGUAAUAGAGCAUCUCAUUGCUAUAAGAAUUAAAACGACCUGUCUCUGCUCUUUUCCUCACUGUCGUUUAGGUUUUUGCUUUUUUUUUCCUAGGAACCUUCACAAUUCUUCCCACCCAAGCAUCACAGAAAGUAAUUUUUGACACGUCUCACUUUGUUCCAGGUCUCUUCGUUACCACGGAUUGUUUUUUUUUUCUCUUUCUAUCUUUCCUGUUACUGAACAUUGAAAUCCUUCUGUCUUCCCCCAAACACCGCAGACAGACAAAAUGGUCAAUCUGAAUAUAAAAGCUAUGAGAUACCUCUCUCCAGAGGAUUUUCGUACUCUUACUGCAGUGGAGAUGGGUAGCAGAAACCAUGAAGUCGUGCCUUCGAGCAUGAUUACUCAGUUGGCUAAGCUUCGGGGCGGUUCCUGUACGAAAUCUCUCUCUGUCUUAAACAUGACAAAGUUGAUUGCCAGAAUGCCUAAAUCCAACUAUGAUGGGUACCGGCUGACAUACGCUGGCUAUGAUUACUUGGCAUUAAAAGCCCUCACCAAGCGUGCCAGUGUGUAUGCCGUGGGCAACCAAAUCGGUGUUGGAAAGGAAUCCGACGUUUACGUCGUGAGUGACCAGAAGGGAAAACAGUAUAUUCUCAAAAUACAUCGUCUCGGUCGUAUUUGCUUUCGUAGUGUGAAGAAUAACCGGGACUACUUGCGCAACAGAAAGACUGGUUCUUGGAUGUACCUCUCGCGUCUUGCUGCCGCAAAAGAAUUUGCUUUUAUGAAGAUUCUUCAUGAGCAUGGAUUCCCUGUUCCCACACCGAUUGACUAUUCGCGUCAUUGUAUCAUUAUGGAUCUUGUGGAUGCUUUCCCGUUGCGUGCAAUUGAAAAGGUGCUUGAUCCAGAAGCCCUUUAUACCAAGCUCAUGGGUCUCAUUGUUCGUCUUGCUCGUCAUGGACUCAUUCAUGGUGACUUCAACGAAUUUAACAUCCUGGUUUAUGAAAGUGGUGAGCCUAUUAUCAUCGACUUUCCUCAGAUGGUUUCCACAAGCCACGCCGAUGCCAAGUAUUACUUUGACCGUGAUGUCGAGUGCAUUGUUCACUUCUUUGCCAAGGUUCUCAAGUUUGAGGGACCCGUGCCGAAAUGGGAAGACGUUAUGGCUAUGGAGAAGCUCGAAGCCCUUGAUCUGCUUGCAGAAGCAUCGGGAUUCAACAAAAAGCAGGCCAAGGAGCUUGAGCGUUACCGCGAAAAUCAGCGCAAGAUGCAAGAGGAGGGUGCCGAAGAAGUCGACGAGUUCGAAGGCGAAGUCGAUGACGAUGACGAAGACGAAGAGUAAAUGCGAGAAUGGGUAACUCGUCUAACAGGGAAUUUCGGCAAUACGUACUUUGAUAGAUGAGCACAUUUCUCUUUCUCAUCUUCCCGACAAACGAAAAAGUGCUAGUGUCGGUAAUAGCACGAGAGGUGAUGCUUGCUUCUAUGUGUGUGGGACCAGCACAAACAAGAUGUCUUUCAGUGUACUACUUUUUUGGGAUAUAUAGGUUUAUAGUUUUGGGUAUCAACGGAUUUCGCUUUCCUUCACACA